ACUAAUAAGUAUUCAACACGUCGGUAACGCCCGAACUUGUUCUCUGUCCUGUAAUUGACUCAAAUUUUCAAAGUGAGAGACUAUUCCUGGAAAAAGGGUCUCUCUUUUUUUUGGCUUACUGGAUCAGAAUUUGAGGGAUUGAAUUAUCAGUAGAGAUCUGUCUGUGUGUCUGUCUAUCUAUCUGCAGAGAAAAAAGUAAUGGCAACAUUUGGAGGGACAACACAGAAGUGUAAGGCCUGUGAGAAAACUGUCUACUUGGUUGAUCAACUUAAGGCUGACAGCAAAGUCUAUCACAAGUCUUGUUUCAGAUGUCAUCAUUGCAAGGGUACUCUCAAGCUAAGUAACUACAACUCCUAUGAAGGAGUUUUAUACUGCAGACCUCAUUUUGAUCAACUAUUCAAAAUGACUGGAAGCCUGAACAAGAGUUUUGAAGUAGGGGCUCCAAGAACAGCCAGGGAAAGAUCUGCUGAUCAGGGACAAUCAAACAGCAAAGUUUCAGCUUUGUUUGGUGGAACUCAAGAUAAAUGUGUAUCCUGCAAGAAAACUGUUUACCCCCUCGAAAAGGUGGCUGUUGAUGGCACGUCGUACCACAGGGCAUGUUUCAAAUGUAGCCAUGGGGGCUGUGUGAUUAGUCCAUCAAAUUAUGUGGCUCAUGAUCAUAAGCUGUAUUGUAGGCACCAUCACACGCAGCUCUUCAAGCAAAGAGGCAACUUCAGCCACAUGGAAGACAACGAGAAGAUUAAAGGGGUGAUUGCAAAUGGAAAAGCAUAGAGUUCUGCCAUGAAAGUUUUCGCGUUCGUUUGAUUUUGCAAUACAACAUCGAGAGUCAGCUUUCUGGCCUUAAUCAGGUCAAGAGGUUAAUACAUAUACAGGAGGGUUAUUAUCAAAUGCCUAUAUCUGAUAUUUUCAUGAGAGAGUCAACAGAGUUUCACUUCUUUUCUUUUUCUGUUGGUGUGUACCUUACUUGCUAUAUAUGAUAGUUUUGCCUAAAGUAUGUAUAAUGGGAUUGCUCUUGUGGUUGUCCCGAAAUUGGUGUGGCUUUUAUCUGGGAAAAGUCUAUUUUCCUUGGUUCAUAAACUAAGUAAAUUCAUUUCUCAGUUUCCUUUGUGGCAA